AUGGACUUCAUCGGGCAAAUAUAUCCAGCUUCUAGUAAAGGGCAUACCUUCGUAAUUGUAGCAACGGAUUACUUCACCAAGUGGGUGGAAACAUCAGCAGUAAAAUCCAUAAACUCAGCCACAGUCAAGAAUUUUAUCGAGACCAAGAUUCUGCACAGAUAUGAGGUGCCCGAAACCAUAGCAGAAGCCAGCAACAAGAUCCUGGUCAACAUUAUCAAGAUGAUGGUGAUUGAUAGUCCAGAAAAAUGGCAUGAAAAUCUGGGGAACACUUUGUGGGCAUACAGAACUUCUAAGAGAGCAGGAACAGGGACAACCCCUUAUACUUUAACUUUCGGGCAAGAUGCAUUUGGAUUGCAUAGUGAAGAGUAUAUCGAAGCCAUGUGUCAAGGGAUUGAAGAUUUGGAUGCCGCCCGAAUUGAAGCUUUGAACCAGAUUCAAGAAGAAAAGCGAGUUGUUGCCCGAGCUUAUAACAAAAAGGUGAGGAUGAAAUCUUUCAAGGAAGGGGAUUUAGUAUGGAAGACAAUCCUCCCUCUAGGAGCUCAGCUCAGGGGUUUUGGAAAAUGGAGCCCGACAUAG